UAUCAAACAAGAAACAAAUCGAGAGACACGCAGAAAGUUGCUUUGUGUGAUAAAGUACUCAUAACUCGGCUAUCUUUGGUGUUUAGCACAACCCACUCUAAAUUUAAAGACACAUUUCAGCAGAGGUAAAUUAAGCUUAGUUGAGUUAGGGACCAGCACCUGUCGACAUUGAGUACAACCCACUUGACAUUUGGAGACAUACUUCUGCCAAGGAAUUGGCACCUACAUUCACCUCAGAAUGAAUCCAAAGUUCUGGCUGGCAACCAUGUUUCUGAUGUCCCGGAUUGGUGUACUCAACGCCAACAGCCAGUGUCAUUUGAUGGAAAGCUCCAUUGGCGGAAUGUACCUGAGAGGUCACGUGUUUAAAACGUAUCGCGAUCAGUUGCCUAAAGAGUGUUAUUUCCGAUGUGAAGAAGAAGUCACGUGUCAGAGUUACAAUGUCGUCAUUGGUCAAAACAUCUGUGAAUUGAACAACCGUACAAAGGAAGCAAGACCGGAAGAUUUUAUGCCGGAUCAGAUGAGAUUUUACAUGAAGCGUUCUAGAAACAGAGUUCCCCUCGGAUCUAUCAAAGAACUUCCAGCGGAAACCUGUGGUGAGAUUGAGGCGAGUGAAGGGAACCAGAUGGCUGACGGGAAAUACUGGAUUUACUCUGAAGAGAAUAGCGAGGUCAUCGAAGCUUAUUGUAAAGAGAGCUGGCAAAAGAUAAAUGGUGAAGAACCCGUCUGCUUUGGAGCCAAAGAUAACCAAUAUGGUUCCUUCAAUAUGACAAAGCAUGGACGAGUGAAGACAAUGAAGCUUAUUCACAGGUCAGGGUCGGUGCGCUGCAACAAUUUUACUAUUUCAUCCUACUGGGGCUGCACCUGGCCAAAAUAUGGAGAAAAUCUGAUGACAAUCAUCGCAGAUGCCAAUAAGAAGGCCAUUCUGCCCCCUGCCGAAGACUUGAAAGCUUUUAAAGCUCAUUUUGAUAACAAAGAACACUUUUACAGUCUUCCUGGAUAUCACCAUAACUCAACUGAGCUCGUUUUUCACAACCUUGUCAAUCCAUUGUCUGUCUCGAGCAACCAAGAGAUGCAGAUAUGGUACGGACAGGAUUGGAUGGACCGCGGAGAGGAAGACAACAGCGGUAAAACUUGUGUUGAUGUGUACGCAUGGUAUGAGUGA